GAUCAAGACCAAGAAAUGAAUAAUGGAGAAAGACAGCAGGAGAGUCAAUCUACUGAUGCGCCUGGUGUAACGCCAAAUUACCCAAACCAACGGCAUAAACAGAUUGAGGUAACAAGCAGCAGUAUUGCGAGAGAAACCAACGAACUCGCACCUGGACGCAGAUCCAGUGAGGAUGAUGCGAAACCGAUGUUUCUAACCUACUAUAACCAGGAAUGUAAUGGUGUAAUGGUAGCUAUGCUGGACAACACAACCGUCCUUCAAGCAACAGACGAGUGCCUAAAAUUGGGCUGUAAAGCAGUGAAUGCUCACGUGCAUUCAGAUGGACGGUAUACGGUGAGUAUAAACGGAUGCAAUGAUACAUGCAGAUAA